GCAGCGGGGCCGGUGCCUAUGGGAGAUGUCAGCCAGAGCGAGAAGUGGCUGCCGGGCGCUCAGUUGUGCGGAGAGGAUGGAACAGGUCGGAUGGUGACAGGAGCCAGAAAGAAACAUUGUAUCACUGUGCAGGAGAGGAGAGGAGAGGGGGCUGUACAGGACAUGAGAGAGGAGGAGGGGGGCUGCUUGUGACAGAGGGACCAGCUGGAAAAGUCGGGACUUCAUGGUGUGUCCCUGUGCUGGGAUGCCAUUCUCCGACCAGGACAGAAGCCUGCAGGGUAUCUACAAGUCUACAGCCCACCACCAGCACCUGCACCCAGGAGAGGAGGCUGGCAGCAGUGGCAGGGGGAAGUGCAGCGAGUGCUACACCAACCAGAGCUUCGUCUAUGAUGAUGGGAGCAGCCACAGGUACACCGCCAGGCUGGCAGCUGACAAGACUGGGGUCAUCCUAGACAUCAGCACCCUGAAGAUGAAUGAGCUGGAGACCGAGGUCCCCCCUCUGCCGCCCAGAUACCGCUUCAGAGACCUCCUGCUGGGGGACCAGACCUUCCAGAACGAUGACAGGGUACAAGUUGAGUUCUACGUCAAUGAAAACACCUUCAAGGAAAGACUCAAACUGUUCUUCAUCAAGAACCAAAGAUCAAGCCUCAGAAUCCGUCUCUUCAACUUCUCCCUGAAGUUACUCUCCUGCCUCCUGUACAUCGUGCGCGUCUUGCUGGACGACCCGACGCAUGGAAUUGGUUGCUGGAAUUGUGACAAACAGAAUUACACAGCGCGAGUAUACCCUCAUAUCACUAGCUGGGAUCCGAUCAUUUGGGUGGAUCGCAGUACGCCGCUGUGGGCCAUCCAGGUGACUGUGGCUAUUAUCAGUUUCUGUGAGACCAUGCUUCUGAUCUAUCUCAGCUAUAAGGGUAACAUCUGGGAACAGAUCAUUCGAAUUUCCUUCAUUUUGGAGAUGAUAAACACUGUUCCCUUCAUCAUCACGAUAUUUUGGCCUCCUCUGCGUAAUCUCUUCAUACCGGUUUUCCUGAACUGCUGGCUGGCGAAAUGCGUCUUGGAGAAUAUGAUAAAUGACCUUCAUCGCGCUAUCCAGAGGACGCAGUCAGCCAUGUUUAAUCAGGUGAUCAUACUCAUCUGCACCCUGCUCUGCCUCGUCUUCACAGGGAUGUGUGGGAUUCAGCAUUUGGAACGAGCUGGGGAUAACCUGUCCCUCUUCAAAUCGUUUUACUUCUGCAUUGUCACCUUCUCCACGGUUGGCUACGGAGACGUGACCCCUAAAAUCUGGCCUUCUCAGCUGCUGGUGGUGAUAAUGAUCUGCGUGGCUCUUGUGGUGUUACCUCUCCAGUUUGAGGAGCUCGUGUACCUGUGGAUGGAGAGGCAGAAAUCGGGAGGGAACUACAGCAGGCACCGCGCCCAGACGGAGAAGCACGUUGUCCUGUGCGUCAGCUCCCUGAAGAUCGACCUCCUAAUGGACUUUCUCAACGAGUUCUACGCUCAUCCCAGGCUGCAGGAUUAUUACGUAGUCAUCCUUUGCCCUACAGAAAUGGAUCUCCAGGUCCGGAGGGUGCUGCAGAUACCAUUGUGGUCCCAGCGGGUCAUCUAUCUCCAAGGGUCAGCUCUGAAAGACCAGGACCUGAUGCGGGCAAAGAUGGAUGAUGCGGAAGCCUGCUUCAUACUCAGCAGCCGGAACGAAGUGGACCGUACUGCCGCCGACCACCAGACCAUCCUGAGAGCCUGGGCUGUCAAAGAUUUUGCCCCCAAUUGCCCCCUCUAUGUCCAGAUUUUGAAACCUGAAAAUAAAUUCCAUGUGAAAUUUGCAGAUCAUGUGGUUUGUGAAGAGGAGUUUAAGUAUGCCAUGCUGGCACUGAACUGCGUGUGCCCUGCCACCUCCACACUCAUCACACUCCUGGUGCACACCUCCAGGGGGCAGGAAGGCCAGCAGUCACCGGAGCAGUGGCAGAGGAUGUACGGGCGCUGUUCCGGCAAUGAGGUCUAUCAUAUCCGUAUGGGAGACAGCAAAUUCUUCAUGGAGUACGUGGGGAAGAGUUUCACAUAUGCUGCUUUCCAUGCUCACAAGAAGUAUGGCGUGUGCUUGAUCGGUGUCAGGAGAGAGGACAAUAAGAGCAUCCUGCUGAACCCGGGACCCCGGCACAUCAUGGCCAGCUCCGACACCUGCUUCUACAUCAACAUCACCAAGGAGGAGAACUCUGCCUUCAUCUUCAAGCAGGAGGAGAAGCAGAAGAGGAAGGGGAGAGGGAUGUGGGGGGAGCCGUCCCGGCUGCCGGUGCACAGCAUCAUCGCCAGCAUGGGUACGGUCGCCAUGGAUCUCCAGAACACGGACUGCCGCCCCAUAAGCAGCAGCAAGCUGACCCUCCCGUCGGAGAACGGCUCUGGCACCCGGCGGCCCAGCAUCGCCCCCGUCCUGGAGAUCGCCGACAGCUCUACCGUGUUACCGUGCGACCUCCUUAGCGACCAGUCGGAGGAUGAGAUGACGCAGUCUGAUGAUGAGGGGCUCCCGAUGCUGGAGUAUGUGAAAGGAUAUCCCCCAAAUUCUCCUUAUAUUGGAAGCUCCCCAACGCUCUGUCACCUUCUACCUACGAAAGCUGCUUUCUGCUGCCUCCGUCUGGACAAGGGCUGCAAACACAACAGCUUUGAAGAUGCGAAGGCCUACGGGUUCAAGAACAAGCUGAUCAUUGUAUCGGCCGAGACGGCGGGGAACGGCCUCUAUAAUUUCAUCGUACCCCUGAGAGCGUACUACAGGUCCCGGAAGGAACUCAACCCGAUCGUCCUGCUCCUGGAUAACCCGCCGGACAAUCACUUCCUAGAGGCCAUCUCGUGUUUCCCAAUGGUCUACUUCAUGGUCGGCACCAUAGAUAAUCUGGAUAAUUUGCUGCAAUGUGGGAUCAUCUACGCCGACAAUUUGGUGGUGGUAGACAAGGAAAGUACGAUGAGCGCAGAAGAAGACUACAUGGCGGACGCCAAGACGAUAGUCAACGUGCAGACAAUGUUCAGAUUAUUUCCGAGCCUCAGUAUCACCACCGAGCUGACGCAUCCGUCCAACAUGCGCUUUAUGCAGUUCCGGGCGAAAGACUGUUACUCCCUCGCGCUCUCCAAACUGGAGAAAAAAGAGAGAGAGAACGGCUCCAAUCUGGCCUUUAUGUUCCGUCUACCAUUCGCCGCCGGCAGAGUGUUCAGCAUCAGCAUGCUGGAUACAUUAUUAUACCAGUCCUUUGUAAAAGAUUACAUGAUCACCAUCACCAGACUUCUCCUAGGGUUGGAUACAACACCGGGAUCUGGAUACCUCUGCGCGAUGAAAAUCACGGAGGACGAGCUAUGGAUCAGAUCCUACGGGCGACUGUUCCAGAAGCUCUGUUCAUCCAGCGCGGAGAUCCCUAUCGGAAUCUACAGAACGCAGUCGCACAUGUUUUCUACAUCGGAGCCGCACGACAUCCGAACACAGUCUCAAAUCUCCAUCAACGUGGAGGACUGUGAAGACACUAAAGACACAAAGGAACACUGGACGGUGAAACCCAACCACCGGAACUCCACGUCCAGUGACCAGUCGGAGCACCCUCUGCUGCGCAGGAAGAGUAUGCAGUGGGCGCGCAGGCUGAGCAGGAAAGGGAACAAGCAGGGGGGCAAAUCGGCAGAGUGGAUUAGUCAGCAGAGACUAAACCUGUACAGACGAUCAGAGCGACAAGAGCUGUCCGAGCUGGUGAAAAACCGCAUGAAGCACCUUGGCCUUCCCACUACGGGGUAUGAGGAUGUAGCAAAUUUAACUGCCAGUGAUGUGAUGAAUCGGGUAAACCUUGGAUAUUUGCAAGACGAGAUGAAUGAUCACCAGAACACACUGUCUUACGUCCUCAUUAAUCCCCCGCCGGACACACGCCUGGAGCUGAAUGAUAUCGUAUAUCUCAUCAGGUCCGACCCUCUAGCCCACGUCGCUAAUGACUCCCACAGCCGAAAGAGCAGCAAUAGUUACAGGACAGAGCAGACGGGUAAUCCGGAGACGCGGGACGAAACGCAGCUAUGAGAACAAGCCUGACUCAUGGACGCUCUGCCUGAUCACACAACCCAACUGACUUCUGUAUCGUGUUUAUACGCAGCCGGGCUCAGCCCAUGAGUCACACUCCGAAUUGGACUUUGUUGGAACUCGGGGUGGAGAAUGGCGACGAUGCCAGCAAUCCUUACAGGAAGCCUCCACCCCUAAAUUGCCGGAGCUUGGCACAGACCACUACGUCCUCAGUACCGGAACAUCCCGCUACUGCAGCGCAACCACAGGCUAGCAAACAAUCCAAGUGAUGUUUUGUAUCUGCAAAUACUUUCCAAACGCUUUGUUUCACACAGAAGUUUGAAAGCAAUUCCACGCGUAUAUACUGAUGCGUUCCGCACACCCCUGCGUCGGGACAGGCUAAGUGGCCCUCGCCAAAAAAAGAGAACCAACGGGAUGGAUCUGAGAAUACAGUCUCCGAUGCAGCCACUUUUCACAGACCACACAGUAUUUGGGGUUUAUGAAGUCGGACAAUCUCUACCCUAGCUGUAAUGAGCGCACAAACGGAACAGUGAGAAUAUACGCCGCGUUUUACAAGCAGCUGAUAGGAAGACGUUGACCCUGCCCAGUUAUGUUGUCCCAGCGGUUUAGCAUUUGCUUGUUGUAUUAAUAGGUCCUCCCUCCCAUUUCGUAUCUAGCGCUUUUAUUUAUUGGGUAAGUCUAUGUCUGCUGUAGGGGAUGUAAAGGAACCCAGCAGCCAAUGAUAUGGAGAGAAUCGUUAGGUCUUGUGCAGCCGCUACAGCGUUACUGGCCCUUUAAGUUGUUUCCCCCCCCAACACUUUCAGCCCUCCUGCAAGUCCAGGGUACGUAUUCCAGAGCAGAGCUUCACAAUGGUGCUAUCAGUCUUAUGCCGAACGUCUCCUGAAGAUGAGGCGCAACAUUUAUCUUCCGUUCUACAGAUGUCCGUUAGAAAAGGGGUUUUGCCAAUUUGUAUUGUAAUUCACUGUUCUAGGUGAUACGUGCCAAUAUUCUGAGGCCUUGCACCCCCGAAUCUUUAUACAAACAGGUUUAAAGAGUUUCCCGCCCUAAGACGACUUUAAUUUACCAUCUUGUACCUAGCCUCCAGCAAUGCAAUAUAUCAUUAUCAUCAUUCUAGCUCCCAUCUGUCCUCUCCAGUUGUAGAUGUAUAUCAGGCAGAGUUGUGUUGCCCCUUGAUACGACACAACUCCCUGGUUUGGAUACAGUUGUAUCCAGGCAGCAAUUUGUGUCGUAUCCCUGGGUGAUGAAAAUAAACCAUACUGCCUGAAGACAGCUGCAGCUGAAAAGCACAAAACAGAAAAAUAAGGUAGUUAGUGCAGUAGGGAACUGUGUGCGCGAGCCGAGAAAUAGAAGUUAUCUGACGGUUAAAUAACAAGCAGCUUUAAUUGUAUCCAUUAAGUAAAACAGACAAAAAAUUCCAGUUUCCGUUGGGGCGGAAUCACCGAUGCCUCCAGUCCUGGACGGAUUCCGUACUAAAAGGGGAACCUACCUAUUUAUCAGUCGGAGCUGUUAUACAAUCACUGGGGGGGGGCUCAACAAAUUGUUAGUAACGGACAUAUCACUUAUUGUUUUUAUUGAUGAACUUAUCUCUGUACAUUUUGUUUUGAACUUAUUACGGCAAGGGGAAUGUUGAUUUUUUUUUUUUGUAUUUUAAUGUUGCAUCUGAUACCGGUUAAUAUGGUGUCCAGGUUCUUUGCAGAGAAUUGUACACUAACAUACAAUAUUUAUACUGCACAUUUACAAGGUACCUUAUCAGUAUUAAUCCCCAUCCCUUACCGGGAGUAGAAUAAACCUGUUAUUGAUGAGGCAGUGUUUCUGGCUGAUGGUUAUUACAGGAGCUUACAGUCACUGGCGCAGUUGGAAGCAGCCAAAUUAUCUAAUGUCGCCGAAUAGGCAGCAUGUCCAUUACUAUACCAUUGGUACGUUCCAUAUAAUGGCCGCCCCCGCUGCCUGUAGGCAUGGUAGAGGCCACGUCUUACAUUAUUAUUUGACCCCAUUUCAGAACGACAUAGGCUUUGGCUGGACUGGUCGCAUAUCGUAGGAAUGCUUCGUAUUUACCAGUCAGACGGUCACAGCGAAUCUGCCAGAAUGGAUGGUGGUCAACGAUUUCCAAACCGGCUGUCAUUUUGGUUUGGCCGAACCAUUAUUGCCCGCUGUUUGUCCCACCAAUAAUGGCAAGUGCUGGGAAGGCGCGUUGAGGUUUCAGAAUUAGAAGCGUCCAAGCGUCCCUAUUUAUGGUGGGACUGUACAGCUGUCAUGGCAGACAGGACAUUUGCCCCAAAUGCUGCGUGUUAUGGCGAUGUACUGGCGGUGGGGAGCUGGUACCAAGUGCAUCUGCUAUGGAGGUUGUGUUUAGUGGACGAGCUCGCCAUGCAGAGGCACUAGACGUGUGCCGGUUGUGGCCACACCCAUGUAGCGACACACCCCUUUCUGAGGCGUCCUGCUUUACAGUAGGUGAGUGUGGUGUGUUGUCAUUGUGUAUACUUUCAUGGCCUGUACUGAGCCAAAAUAAGGCGUUAUAGCCACAAAUGUUAAAUUCUCCUUGUACUCCUUCCCGAAUCCCCCCCACAGACAUAGCGGCAGAGCCACCGUCUUCUGACUGCCUGGCUUUAGUGGGUUCCAAUCAGUGGAUAGACAGUGUCCAGCUAGACAGGCAAUAGGUCUAUCCCAUGUGGUCGCAGGGCUGGCGUUGUGUACUUGCCGCAUUAUGCCAACCUGGGUGCAGUUUCUCAGACCUCCGCCCACUGCAACACCGGCCCAUCCCCCAUCCUGUCCCACCCACUUCCCAGCGUUACACCUACCCCCCCCCCCAUAUGUGUCGUUUGUGUGUAUGAGAGACAUGUUUCCAGGCGGCUCCGGUUGUUGGAGUGUUGCAUACGUUUAUGGGUCUCAGUUAUUGGCACUGUAAGUAUAGAUAAUAACUUUAUUUAUAAUAUAUAGCGCUCUUUCUCCAGCGGGACUCACAAAAUGUCUGAGCCCAGCUUGGGGAGAAUGUUCUUUAUUUAUGACAUAAUAUCAAUAUAUUAUCCGACUAAUAUUCAUAAGAUAUCCCACCCAAAAAUGGCCCCAUCCUUUGUGUGUAGGUGCCCGGUUUCCCUGCCCUCUGUAAAUAAUGUAGUGGUGGCGGAGAGGGGGCAUGUAUUGAGUUGCGCUAUUUCUGCUGGCGUCCCUGUGUUAGAUGUAUAGAGAUGUACGUCACACCAUUCUAGCUAAUCACAAGGGUGGCACAUUCACAUCUCACAAAUAAUUACAGACUGACAAAUACACUCCGACCCCCCCAGGGUGCAUCACUCCUGGAAAUAAGCCCUGUAACCCGCUGGAGGCCAGAGAUGCCACAUUCCCACCUUGUAUGUCCCUUCCAGCUAAUUAAAGAUACUGCUGAUUUAAUAUUAAAUAUACAGACGUUUACGUGUGACUUUUUUCAGUGUCCAAAUUAAAAUAGAUUAAUAAUCCCCUUUCAGACUGGCAGAGCCGGGUCGCACCUGGGAAUUUCUACACGGGUGCUUCCCAGGUGCGACCUGGCUUGAGACCCCUUUCAGGCUUGCGGCGCAUAUUGACGGGAUGAAGUCACCACCAAAGCUACAGGAGGCGAUGCUUGAAGAUGAUCAUCUCCAAAUGCUGCCGCCUCCUAUGCAGAUAAUGGGUUUCGGGUCGCCUUGAUCUGGUUUACCGUUCACACUGCACACAUCCCAGGUUGAUUCCGGCUUCAACCCAGGUUGCGACCUUGAAUAAAAUGCUGGGACGCUCGAUUCGGGAUAUUCCUUUAGGACCCUUUCAGACUAAGCAACAUCCUGGGUUGAUGCGGAUUCACGUGCAAGAACCCGGGACGUUUUUGCUGGUCUGGAAGGGGGUAUAAAUAACAUUCCAUUAAGGCAACAUUUUUCUCUGCCCUUUUAUAUAUAGUUCGCUGUGAAACCCACAAACUGCCUCAAUCCUGAUGAGAACAGGAGAAAAUGAGCCUUAGAAACGUUCUCGGCUAUUACUUUCCCCAUGUCUCCUAUUUCCAGCACGCGGCUGAUGACGAUUCCACAAUCUGCAGCGUAUCCCAUCACCCACAACGAAUGAGAAGUUUUCUCUCCUUGUUAAACGCGUUGUAGGUGGAAAAUCCCCAACUCGUACAUUCCGAUUGUUGCGCCAUACGUACGCUUCUAAGGAAUCCCUCAUUUUGUUAAUUGCUGGAAAUAGUAAAUAAGAUCAUCUCAGUGUAAUGUAUUAAUGACGGGUGUAGAUAUAUUAUUAAUGGUAUCUAGCAGGUGAUAUACAGUAUGUACAGUAGGUUAGUCGCCAAUACCUACUUCCUGCAGAUAGCACGCUGUAAGCCGGGACAACGCACAAUGGGAGUGUUGCGCAUCUGCCAAUUUAUAUAUUCUCUAAACCUUUGUCUACUAGUGAUCUGUCUGAUAUCCACUUCUAUGUGAGGGACCAGCUAGCCGAGUACUGAGGUUGUCCAUUGCCCACCUGAAAGCAGUGAUCUGCUAGUGCCUUCUAUAAUCAAUGUAUACACCCUGCGGGAUGGUCUUAUAUGCAAUACCUCCUACAUGGCCAGCGCCUGUGGGCUCCCAGGAGAAUGACUGACGUGGGGCCACAACUACAUGCCAGGCUGAGUAUCACUGGCGUAGGCAGCGCCUCUCAGGCCGGUGUGGAUAAUAUAGGGGAAUUAUAUUAGCCAAGUACCCCACGGUAACGGGCGCUGGCUCUGAGCGGGUACUGUACUACCUGGAUGUGCUGCCAACUCACCAAGCGGCAUCACCGGGAAGUGACUAUGGUGCCAAAUCUGGCAAUUUCACCUAUAGCACGUUAUCACCCCACAUAUGUAAUGUAAUCAGCUGAUGUGACCCUGACGCCCGUCAGUAGGAAUGACAUUGUAUCCCGCUUUCUUAUAGACUUAAAUACCAUUUUAUAUCUGAUAUAUCUGCUUUGAUACUUCUUUGUCAUUACACAAUGCAAUCAAUAGUAUAUACUGUGUGUGUAUAAAGAUAGAUUAUAUACACACAUAUGGUAUAUUGAUAAUAUCUGUAUGUAUUGCCUUCAAUGAGCGAGCUUUUAUUGAUACAAGCAUAUCACUUUGUUACACGUCUUUCCUAGCAGAAGACCCCCCCACGCUGUACAGAGCGCAUGUAUUUUCUCACUUGCUUCUGACCGGUGCCGGCAUCCUGCGUCCGAGCGAGGGCCGUUGCGGGCCGCAGGACUGGCAAAUGCCGUUUUGUACAUUUUUUUCUUAAACUCUGUUCUACAGUAUGUAAAGAAAGUAUUAAAAUAUGGAGACGGCUGCAUGCAGCUAUAUUA